AUGAAGUUGAUGAAGUUGUCGGCUGAUGAAAGCGCGACAAGACCAUCAAAGAAGUUGGAGCUUCCAACCAUCGAUCUGAAGCUUGAUGGACCGAGUACUUAUCUGAGUUGGUCACGACGGGUGAGAUACACCCUUGCAGGGAGGAACCUGGAGGGGUACUUGACUGGAGAAAAGACAGAACCGGAUGAGGACUCGGGAGGACGGGAUGAGUGGAAGUCCACUUAUAUGUUGGUGUACAUCUGGCUUCUCAACUCGUUGGUCCCGACGAUCGCCGCCACAGUAGAUGGCAUUGAGAAGAUUAAAGGAGAGAUUGACGCCACAGUCCAGGGAGAGAGGACUGUACAAGAAUAUGCUACAGAGCUGGAGCGUCUGUGGCUGGAUUAUGAUCAUUUUUCCCCCCGGGCGAGCUGCAAGGACCCAGGAUGUCAAGAGCGGGAGGCCUUUCUACAGGAGAGGACUAUGGUGUUUCUUAAGGGAUUGACAUCAGAGUUCGCUCAGCGAAUUGCAUUACUGCUAGCUCAGCCGAAAAUUCCCUCGCUUGAGGAGGCUGUCUCGGCUAUGAUCCAGGAGGAGACUCGCAUUAAGCUGCAGGCGGGGACAUGUGGACUUCCUGUGGUGAAGUCAGCUUUAGCAGUAUCUAACAAUAAUGGAUCCAGGGGAGAGACUCGGCAGUGCUACAACUGCGGUGAAGUGGGUCAUCUAAGGCAUGCUUGCACCAAACCACCCAAGGAAGGAGAUUCGGGUGGACGUGGACAGUUCGGAGGGCGUGGUCGUGGCCGUGGGGGUCAACGAGGUGGAAGGGGAGUAGGCAACCGGGCGAAUCUGAUGAUAGCAGAAGGAGGAGAAGAAGCUGAGGUGAUCUUUACUGAGGAGGAUCAGGCGCUCCUGGCGAUACUCAGGAGAAAGCAGCAAGUAGCAGGGGAUGGAGACAGGAGGAGUGGGACAGAGGAGGCAUCCACAUCAUUCUUCGUCAGAGGCAACACUGCUACCUAUGCUCAUCCGACCAAAGGUACUGAUGACAUACAUGCUCUUGCUUCCAUAUCUUCCGACAAAUCAUCAGAAUGGAUAGUCGACUCCGGUGCGUCUCGACAUGUGACAGAACUUGAGACAAGAGGUGUUAGGCCAACGGCUCAGGGAGAACUACUUACCUAUAGUAGGAAGGGGAAACAAAUUGCGGGAACAGUACCAACAGUACCUACAGUGCCACUGGUGCCAAGUCCCUUGCCAACGCCUGAACCGACUCCUGAGACACCUACACCACCACAAGAUUCCUCUCAAGGUGACUCCAUUUCUCUUCCUAUUCCUCCCACACCAAUAACUGUACGGAGGACUACUCGCAGUAAUGCGGGAAAUCCUCCCGAUAGAUAUGGUUGGGAUCUUGCUCAGUUUGUAUCAUAUUCUAACAUCCACCCUGCACAUGGAGCAUUCAUUGCAUCUCUGGACUCUGUUACUAUUCCUAACAAUUGGCAGGUUGCAAAGAAGGACCAGAAAUGGAAAGCUGCUAUGCACGAAGAGCUAGGGGCCCUUGAGAAGAACCGCACUUGGGAGUUAGUAAAACUACCAAAAGGGAAGAGAGCAGUUGGAUGCAAGUGGGUCUUCACUGUGAAGCAGAAUCCAGAUGGACAGGUUGAGCGCUACAAAGCUCGUCUGGUGGCAAAAGGAUAUAGUCAGACAUACGGCAUCGACUAUGAUGAGACUUUUGCACCAGUGGCGAAGAUGAGCACUGUUCGAACCUUGAUCUCUCUGGCAGUAAAUGGUGGAUGGAAGCUACACCAAUUAGAUGUGAAGAAUGCAUUUCUUCAUGGAGAUCUGGUGGAAGAGGUAUACAUGGAAAUUCCGCCAGGAUUCAACACAGAACAGACAGUGGGCAAGGUCUGCAGAUUGAAGAAGUCUCUAUAUGGCCUGAAACAAUCUCCUCGUGCUUGGUUCGACAGAUUUAGGCGGGCUAUGAUAGGUAUGGGAUACCGGCAGAUUAACGCUGAUCAUACCGUGUUCUUCCGACGAAAUGAAGGUCACAUCACUGUGCUUGCGGUAUACGUGGAUGAUAUGAUCAUUACAGGGGAUGAUGAGGAGGAGAUUGCCAAACUCAAAGUGAGACUGGGUAAGGAGUUCGAGGUGAAAGAUCUUGGCUUGCUUCGAUACUUUCUUGGAAUAGAAAUAGCUCGCGGAGCGGAGGGGAUUGUCUUAUCCCAGAGAAAGUAUGCACUGGAUCUUCUUAAAGAGACAGGGAUGUUAGGGUGUAAACCUGCAACUACACCGAUC